AUGACUCUUUCUCUCUCCUCCUCAAGAAACAAGCCAAAACCCAACUCUGCAACCAAACUCGGUGCAUCAAAAGCCAAGAAUAAGGAUAGGCACGUGAAGGUGAACGGCCGAGAUCGCCGCGUCCGCAUCCCGACGGCAUGCGCUGCACGCGUGUUUCAGUUGAGUCAGGUGCUGGGCCACCGCACAAGCGGCCAGACCAUAGACUGGCUGCUAAAGCAAGCAGAGCCCGCCGUCAACAAAGUCCUUGGUAUUGCCACCUCUACCGUACAGGUAGAGGUGGCAAUACCGAAUUCCGCUCCUAUCACACCCAGAGCUGCCGUUUCUCCGUGUCUCCUUCCACCGCUGCCAGCUUCCAUGGUGUCUUCUGUCUCUUUGGAAGUCGAGGUUUUACCGUCUCUGGCCGAAAGCCAGGAUCGAUCUGCCGCUACCGGUGGUGGUUUUAUGUAUGAUUUCAGCCCUAGUGGGAAUGGUUUAUCAGAAUUUACCAUCCAUGAUUUCGCAAACAUGCCAUUGGUUCACCCUGUUUACUUCUAG